AUGACGUCCUUUCGAAGCGCAGUGCGCUCUGCUGACGUGGCGCAUUUCGUGGCCCUCGUCCUGCUCUCUGCACCAUUCCUCGCAGCCCUCGCGUCCCCCCUCACACCCUGCCCGCUCACACGCCUGCGUCUCGCCCCACCAACGGCCACAGCAGCCACUCUCUCUGCUUCCCCCGCCUCGCAAGAGACCAACCAGGAAGGCUCUUCCUCCCCUGGCUCUGCGGUUGCCGCUGCUGCUUGCACCACCACAGAUCAUCACAGCAGUGCUAAUGCUGCUGGCGCAGCUGGUGCUGCUGAUGGUGCUCGCGCAGGACUGGCAGCAGCAGGGGCCGCGGCGGGGGGAGACGGGUAUGGGCGUGCUGCUCUCGCCGGGGGGGCGUGGGGGCGGCUGGUGAGGGAGUGGCGGUGGGCGCGCGUGCAGUACCUGUGGGACGUGCUGCUGGAACGACACCCUAUUGUGUGCGUGUCUCUUCCCACCUGGACCUCCCAUCCUCUCUCAAAACGUACCUUUGGGACGUGCUGCUGGAACGACACCCCAUUGUGUAUGCCCGUUAGGCAUUUUGCUCUGCCCGCCCGGAGAGAGCAUACCAUCGAGUCGUCUUUUAAGUACAUCAUGCUGCUCAUGACCAUGUGCACAACACUUGUAUUCCUCGGCGGCUUCCUCUUCCACACCUUCCGGCGGCACAAGAGUCUGGGGGAGGACAUGUGGGACGCGUGGUCCGCCCUCGUGUCGUCCAGCUCGCACCUCAAGGUACGGUGGGGUGCGGUGGAGAGGAGCAGGCGGCCGCAGGAGCCGUUUGGGGAGGCGCUGUGGGACGCGUGGGGCAAUGUGUGCUCGUCGCGCCAGCACCUCCGGGAGAGCACGCAGGAGGGGAGGGUGAUAGGCAUCAUGCUCACGCUGGGCGGGCUCUUCUUCUACUCGCUGCUCACCUCCACCAUGACCGCACAGUUCAAGGUGCGCCUGCUCUCACGUGCUCUCAACCCGAAACUUAACCCUUCAACCACUAGCACCCCAUCCUCCAUGGCAGGCGAUGUUGUUGCGUCCAGCUCUCCGUUUUUCUCUCACCUCCCCAUUUUGAAACCCCUUUUCCUUGCCGUGGCCCACACCAAUCUGCUCAGGAGUGCACCUGCUCAUGCGCUGGUCUCAUCGCAGCUCACCCAGUCCCCUGUCUCCACCCUCUCUCUCCCACCCUCACCAUCGCCCUCUCUCUCCCACCCUCACCAUCGCCCUCUCUCUCCCACCCUCACCAUCGCCCUCUCUCUCCCACCCUCACCAUCGCCCUCUCUCUCCCACCCUCACCAUCGCCCUCUCUCUCCCACCCUCACCAUCACCCUCUCUCUCCCACCCUCACCAUCGCCCUCUCUCUCCCACCCUCACCAUCGCCCUCUCUCUCCCACCCUCACCAUCGCCCUCUCUCUCCCACCCUCACCAUCGCCCUCUCUCUCCCACCCUCACCAUCGCCCUCUCUCUCCCACCCUCACCAUCGCCCUCUCUCUCCCACCCUCACCAUCGCCCUCUCUCUCCCACCUUCGCCAUCGCCCACCUGCCCUGCUCAUCGCCCUUGUAGUCGCUGCUCACCUCCUCCUCCCGAGUCGCUAUUCACCUCAUCCCGCCCCACCCCCCUGUGAGCAGCUGCGAAUGGAGUGGCUGAGGGAAGCGCUCAUUCUCUCUGCCCUUGAACUCACCUCCACCUCCCCAUUCACUGCUCGCCCCGCCCUCACCCCGCCCCCGCCCUGUGAGCAGCUGCGCAUGGAGUGGCUUAGAGAAGGCGCUCACUCGCAGGUGAGAAGGGAUCUGUGCUUUCCUUGGAGUGCAACGUCAACCACUGACCCCUCCCCUCUGCACCCGCCCCUCCCCUCUGCACCCGCCCCUCCCCUCUGCACCUCGCCCCUCCCCUCUGCACCUCGCCCCUUCCCUCUGCACCCGCCCCUCCCCUCUGCACCUCGCCCCUUCCCUCUGCACCCGCCCCUCCCCUCUGCACCUCGCCCCUCCCCUCUGCACCUCGCCCCUUCCCUCUGCACCUCGCCCCUCCCCUCUGCACCUCGCCCCUUCCCUCUGCACCUCGCCCCUUCCCUCUGCACCUCGCCCCUCCCCUCUGCACCUCGCCCCUUCCGUGCGCUUCUCACGCCCCAUCUCGCCCCCGUGAUGGAGCGAGAUCACAUAGUGAUCGGGGGAAUCAACAACCGCCUCGCCACGCUGCUCAGUCCUCAUUUACUCACGCUCAUCCUCUCCCUUGUUCUCCCCCACCAGGUGAUGGAGCGCGAUCACAUAGUGAUCGGGGGAAUUAACAACCGCCUCGCCACACUACUGCGGCAGCUCAGCAAGAGCCAGCACUUUGCCGUGCAGGACGGCUCUGCAGUCACCAGGAAGCGCACGGUGCUGCUGCUGACGGAGUUACCGCGCAAGGAGACGGAGAAGAUAGUGUCGCCUUACCUCAAGGACUGCCACCACAUCAACCUCUUCAUCCGCAGCGGCCCUCUCAGCAGCACCGCGUCGUUCAAGAAGGUGGCGGCAGACAGGGCGCGCUCAGUCAUUCUCCUGGCGCCCAAGGACGACUA